AUGAGUUGUUCAUCAUCAUCAUCAAAAAACUUCUCUGCCGAUCAUGAAGGUAAGAAGAAAAAACCAUCAUCAUCAUCAUCAUCAAAAGUCUUUAAGCUGUUUGGUUUCCCAGUUACAAGCCGUGACAUCCAAAUGCCCGUUAAUAAUACUACUAUUAGGCCUAAACCAGAAUUACCAUGUAGUAAUAACAACAGUAAUAGUUACAAUUAUAAUUAUUAUAAUAUGAGCAAAAGAUUAUCAUCUAGGUUUAAGUGCGAGUACUGUUAUCAGGAGUUUGCGACUUCUCAAGCAUUGGGUGGUCACCAGAACGCUCACAAGUCCGAGAGGAAGGUUGCGAAACUCCGAGCUCAAUUCCAAUUAGGCCAUCCUAAUUAUAAUGUUAACAACAAUCCUUAUCAAAACCCUUACUAUUUUGUGGCAAGUAAUUACAGUACUACUAGUACUGGCCAAAUUAUAGCCGUGCAAGCUGCCGCGGGAUCAUCUUUGGCGACGUCGACGAGCGGCGUUGGCGCAGGUGCUGCUGCUGGCGGCGAGGUAAAACCGAUGACCGAAAAUGUCGAUAUGUCUGAUCAUGAUCAUGAAUAUCCAAAAGUAAGUUAUAAUAAAGGUGUUUGUCAUGGAGAAUUAGGCAUUAAUUAUCAUGAUCAAGGAAGUGAUGAUCUUGAUCUUCAGCUGAGGCUUGCACCCUCUAACAACCUCCUAGACUAA